ACUGACUGUACAGUUCGGACAAUUAUUUUGAAGGUCAUGUGUCAAACAGGAAGUUUCAGGUUCAGGGUUUGUUGCUACAGGAAGGAAACUGGAACUCCUCUAUCGGUGCGGUGGUUUCCAGGGACACUGAAUCACCUUAACAUCUGAUUGUGUCACACUCAAAGCGUUCCGGGGUUAGGAACAGGGCAGUUGUUAGCUAACAGAUUUGUAUGUUGUGCUGGUGUAACAUUAAAUAUACAGUGGCGUGUUUUUAAUGGCUCUGUUCACAGAAUAACUUAGUUAACUGUCUAAGUUCACUUGUAUGUAGCAACAGAUGCUCUCCAUGCAGUGUGAUCCAGUGAGUUCCCCCUGAAACUGACUGACUGAUCCUGUCAUCAGCUGGUUGAACUACAGCUUCUGUGACUGACACCAGAGCAGGAUGCCUGACAGUGGGAACCAGUCCUGUCUGAUGGGAGCAGAGGACACUGUCUCCCUCCUGGUGUGUGUGUUUCAUGCGUGGGAGGAAUGGGCAGGCCUUGGUCAGGUGGAGGACUAUCUGAGUGUUUUGGAGUACCUGCUGUGGGUCUUCACCCCUCUGGCCAUCGUCUUCAUCUUGCCCUUCCUCAUCGUCAUCCUCCUUUACCUCUCUAUACUCUUCCUUCAUGUCUAUAAGAGGAAGAAUCAGCUGAGGGAAGCUUACUGCAACAAUCUGUGGGAUGGAGCCAGGAAGACCCUGGCUACUCUGUGGGACGGACAUGGAGCCAUAUGGCAUGGCUAUGAGAUACAUGGGAUGGAGAAGAUCCCUGACAAAGGACCAGCACUGAUAGUGUACUAUCAUGGAGCCAUUCCCAUCGACUACUAUUACUUUCUGGCCAAUGUUAUCAUCCAGAAGGGACGGACCUGCCACUCUGUAGCUGACCACUUUCUCUUCAAGAUCCCAGGUUUCAAGUUACUGUUGGAGGUGUUCAGUGUGAUCCAUGGUCCUCAGGAGGAGUGUGUGCGGGCUCUGAGGAACGGUCACCUGUUGGGGAUUUCUCCAGGAGGAGUACGGGAGGCUCUGUUCAGUGAUGAGACCUACCCUCUCCUCUGGGGCAAACGCAAAGGCUUCGCCCAGGUCGCCAUCGACUCUCAAGUGCCAGUAAUUCCAAUGUUUACUCAAAAUGUGCGGGAAGGCUUCAGAUCUCUGGGGACACUCAGAUUUUUCCGCUGGGUGUAUGAGAGGUUUCGUCUCCCUGUAGCUCCUGUUUAUGGUGGAUUUCCUGUGAAGUUUCAGACCUUUCUUGGUGAUCCCAUCCCAUAUGACCCCAGCAUAAACGCUGCAGAGCUGGCAGAGAAAGUGCAGCAGGCAGUCCAGUCUCUAAUAGACCAGCACCAGCAGAUCCCAGGGAACAUCCUGAGAGCCUUGUUGGAAAGAUUUCACACCAAACACAAAGACCAUUAACAUCAGCAGUUCAGCAACAUAGACAAACUGUCCAGUGUGUGACCAAAACAUGUCACAUUGGCUCAGAUGGCUGCAGUGUGCACAGGUUUGGUGGCCUAACAUUUGCACAGCUUUCUUCACUGCCCCCAAACACUACUGACUGCAGCUGCUGAGGUUCCUUUUACAUAUAUGUUCUUUGUAUCACACCUUUCUGAUAUGUAUUCUUGCGUACAUUGACUCCCUUUUUUAUCAGCUCAUUCCCAGGAUGAAUCUUUUUAAAGCUAGACUUCCUGAAGUUGUGUUAUUGGACUCGACCUUUUCAAUACACAUAUGCACAAUAUCUAAUUUCUCGUGUUCUGAUGUCUUUGUCUUGGUUUAAUUACAGUAUGAUCAAAGAUGGACCUAUGGACUGAGCUGUGGGCUGAUUGGUGGGUUGAAAUCUGGUUAGAUGUAAUUGGUCAUUGUAGCUGUUCUGUUUAAAUAUAUGGGAUUCAGACAAUUUCUUUAUUGAAAAUUGUGAUAUAAGUACAUUUAGGUCAGCAAGAGAUUAAUAUUGUUGGUUAGUCACUAAAUUUGGUUUAUUGUCCCUGCCUAUAAAUUUCAGUGACUAUGCAGACAUUUGCUUGAAUGAUACACUGUAACAGCACUUUGAGUUUGCACAUCUUCAGUUCCAGCAAACAAUUAUACCUGAGAUCAGGCUGCAGAGUUAGUCUCAACAGGCAGUGCAGACAGACAGAGCUGAACCUGUUGGUUAAGGUUGGCCCACUAUAAAAGGCUUUUUGGUUUGGAUUUCUUUGAAGUUGGAGUUUCAUGUACAAACCACCAGUAUCGUAGUUGUCCCAGGAACACUCAGAACACUGACCUAAGGUUACAGGAGUAUGACAACAUGUUGUAGAUGAGAUUAACUUGUAUAUAGAGUCUCAUGCCUACAAUAGUAAACAACAUUCUUUAUUUUAGCGAUUACACAGUGUUCAUGAUAAUGAAUAUAUACAUAAAUUCCAGUGGUUUUCCCUAUCCUUUAAUUAAUCCGUACCCAGCCCAGCCACAGCCUGUUCACCCUGCUGCCGUCUGGCAAGCGAUACAGAAGUAUCUGCUGUCAUACCACCAGACUGCAGAGCAGCUUCUUCCCUCAGGCUGUCAGACUCAGUUCAUCCUCUGCACUCUACUAUAAAUAGUUUAGUGUUUUUUUUUUUUUGUUUGUUUUUUGCGUAACAUGAACAUUGCUUGCAUUUCGUUGUACAACUGUGCGUUGUAUAAUGAUAUAAUUAACCUUGAACCUUGAAUAUAGGCAUGCAGUUAAUAGUACUGAUUUAGUCUUCAGGUCUCUUACUUUUUUAUCUAUUACCUGGAAAUUGUAAUAAAAGAAAUCUGGCAUGUUACUGUUAAUUCUUUGGACAUGUUUUAGAAAGGGAAAUCUAAUUUGGGAGUAUAAUUAUAAGGAAAAGGGUGGAGAAUUAUAGAGACAAGGAGAAAGUUCUUUCCCCUCUGGAUAUUAAAGGAUGCUUAUAAACUCCAGCGACCUACGCUCUUCCAGUUACCAUGUAACUACUACGGUACAUAAUUUCCCAAAAACUCAAAUGAGCAGGUAUUUACCAACUGUUCCAGUUGGACACUUUGUCCAUUUCCCCUGUAAAUAGUAAUUUAAUAGGUAUAUACCAGCUAAUUACUCCAAUUAAGCUAAUUUAUAAUAGCUGUGGACUGUGUUGUGCCUUACCUCUGAAAAUGCCAAAGUGAGCUGAUAUGAGGUCAUUUGUUAGAGCUGAUGCAGUUGGUUCCUUUUAUCAAUCAAUCAAACUUCACAGGUGGCUGACAGACUAAGACUAGAAUAAGACUGAUAGAACUAUUAGUAAAUGGUUAGUAAAGGAGGAAAACUUAUGCACACAACAAAAUAAAAAAUUAAGAGAUGUAAGUUCAAAAUGUAUUUAAAAUAAAACAAAAUGAUUGAAAACAAUAAAAUAGAUGAAAGACAUUAAUGAGAAUUAUUCAUUAUUAGCCAGGCUAAAAAGGCAGAUUUUAAAUCUAUGUUUGAAGGUAUCAGCUCCUUCAGCUGCCCUCACGUCCUCUGUCAGGCUGUUCCAGCAGCUCAGAGAUGAGCGCUAAAAGCUGUCUUACCAAAGGGUUUGCACUUUGCAAUACCUCUAAGGUACGUACUGUAUAAAAGCCUUUCAAGCAGGCAGGUAUAAUGUUGUAGAAUAAUUUUGAAAUUAAUACAAAAAUCAGGCAACCAAUGUGAAAAAUGUAAAAUAAUAUGUGCUAUCCUUCUGGCCUCAAGAUAUGACUUCACUUUAGCUGUUUUCAGAGAGAGAGCCUUCAAAAUUCAGGUCUUAGUCAAAGAUAAAUAAACUGAUGUUACACUUACGCUGAUCAUGUAAAAUCCCUUUUCAAACCUUCAUUAUAAGCACAUUACCAUUAUUAUGCAUUAUUGAGCAGUUGCAGUUUUGGGAAAAGCUGUAUGUUGUGUCCUGAUAUUCAUGUGUUGACUGUUUUACAGAAAUCUUCACCACCGAUACUAAAACUUGUUAUGCACUUCAGUCUGAUGUCUGUGUGAGAGAGAGAGAGAGAAACUGAGCCUUUCACCUUGACAGAUACUUUGAUUGACUGCUCAUAAACCCAUCAGUGUCCCUUCACAAAACUCAAGUAUCUUCUCACUGUAAUAUUUAUCAUAUCAGUACAAAUACUGACCUAUCACUUUAUUAGUGCAUACUAAUACUGAUGUAAUGUGAUCAUUUUUGUUUCAUUCCUGGAACUUCAGUGCUUUAUCAGUGUUGUAAACUAAUCAUUUUUCAUGUAUAAAUUGUGGGUUGGAGAUUAAGUGUAAUAGUGUUUGUGUGUGUAUGUAUAUAUAUUUGCAUGUAUGAGUAUGUAAAUAUUGUGAUUCAACAAAUGGUUUUGCACAUGUAGUCUUCAAAGAAUCACUGCCAACUCUAACUGGAUGCUUUACUUCUGUGAACUGGUUGCCUUCUUCCAUAUUUAUGUUGUUAGUUUUGAGAUAAUCUAACAUGUAUUUUUAAUUUGUGUCAGCAUAAUAUAAAUGUUGCACUUUUAAAUAUUGAGAUACACUUCAACAUGUUAAUAAAUCUAUUUUAUUAAGA